GGUGCACUUUGAAGGAAACCAUGGGUGUGUUGUCGCGCGCAUGCUCAGUUGGGUUGUGAAGGCGGAAGAGGUGCCUAUUUUUUUCGUUCGAAGAGAAAAUAUUGUUGUCUGCAGCUUGUUCGAUUCUCGGAGGCGGGCCCAUAUUGGGCCCGGGUCUCCUCCGUCAGUUAGUGUUCGUCAGACGUGCGGUGACGGUCGUGAGAAGGGUGUGUGUGUGGGCAUGAAGCGAAAAAGAUGUUAUGUGUAUUUCCCUGGAGUGACUGAAAGCGGUGGACAGCAGGAAGUCAACAGUGACCUCGGACUGGUAUGUGUGUUGCACCAGCAAAGGGUAUUUUGCGGUCCAAAAAGACAGAACUUUUCAAACAGCUGCCAUUGAAAGACGACAAGAAAGUAUCAUAAUCACCGUUUGGAAGUACCAUUUGCCCAUCAUGGCUGAAAGUUCAAAUGAGACUCCAGUACCAAGAUCUGCGGUGAAAACAAGUCUGAGGAUUGCAUUCAUGGAAUUCUUGGCAAAUUGUGAUGAUUAUAAACUCUUCAGAUUAACACAGUUUUACCGGGACUGGUUAGAACAGGCAAUUGAAGAAGAGGUGAAAUCAAUUGCCUUGCUUUUGAAAGAGCAGCAGCAGAUCACUCAACAAGAACGUUUGAAAGUGGAGGAGGAAGGGAAUAAGGCCCACAGUUCCAAACUUCUUGUAACUCUUGUGAUGGGGAAAGGCUCCGUACCGAGAAGGGUAAUGUGGGAAUCCAUUCUGAAAACAGAAUAUAGAUUGCCAAAAUUGGAGAACAUGUUGACAGAUAUACUGAAUAAGGGUACUGACAUUCAGGAUUUCGUGAAAUUCAUCCGGGGUUGUACAGAGAUUCCCAGCCACCUAAAAGGUGUUCAACAGAAACACAAGGAGAAACUGUGCAAACAAACUGAAAAACUGAGAAUGAACAUGAUUAGGGAAAAUGACGGGGUGAAGGAUUUUCAGCUGGAUGAUCGAUAUGCUGACCUUACAGUUAUUUCAGGCAAACGAAAGCGGAAACAUGUAGAACAUGAACUGCUGUCGAGAGACCAAGAACAUGAAGAGUGGCACGAAAAUCAGACUGAAAGAAUCCCAACAGAUAAAUUGUUCUGGAGUAGUUUUGCCCAGGGCAAGAGGUCAGUUGUUGUGAGUGGAGAUCCAGGGAUUGGAAAAACAACAAUGGUGCAAAAGAUUGUUCAUGAUUGGGCCACUGAGAAAAUCUACCAAAAUUUCCAAUUUGUGUUCAGUUUUAAAUUUCGUGAGUUGAAUGAUACUAAUUGUAAAAUCACCCUGAGGCAACUGAUACUGGACCAGUAUCCUUACUUUGGUAGCAUCCUGCAAGAAAUCUGGAAACAUCCAGAACUAUUAUUGUUUAUAUUUGAUGGUUUGGAUGAAUACAAAGACGGAAUUGAUUUUGCAGAUAAUCGAAGAAAUACAGAGCCUAAGCACAAGUGUGAUGAUCCCGAGACAUGGUGUGAAGUGUCUGACAUUGUUUAUGCUUUAAUACAACGCAAGUUGCUCCCAGGAUGUUCAGUGCUGCUGACUAGUCGCCCCACCACCUUGUAUUUAUUGGAAAGGGCUGAGAUCGAUCUCUGGGCUGAAAUCCGGGGAUUUGCUCAUGCAGAACGUAAACAAUAUUUCAACAGGUUUUUUGAAAGACAGGCAGUGGCAGCAGCUGUUUUCAAACACGUGCAAGAGAAUAAAAUCCUAUACUCUAUGAGCUUCAACCCUUCUUACUGCUGGAUUCUUGGUCAAACUCUAGGCCCCUUCUUCAUAAACAGUGUAAAACUGCAGCAAAUUCCCCAAACCAUCACUGAAUUGUAUUCCUAUCAUAUUUAUAACAUCCUGGAAAACCACAGUAAUAUUCAAAAGCCUCGUGAUAUAUUGCUGAAAAUUGGUGAACUGGCCUUUGCCGGAGUUUCUAAGAGGAAAAUUAUGUUUCGAAAUGAAGACUUGACCAGGCACCAGCUGCAACCUUCCCAGUUCUUAUCUGGGUUUCUGAUGGAACUUUUCGAUAGAGAUGAUUCUGUUCAGAAUAUAGUCUAUGAAUUCACGCAUCUCACUGUGCAAGAGUUUAUAGCUGCACUUGCUCAAUUCCUAAAUGCAGGCCCUGGUGACAUCGGGGAGCUUUUCGAGGAAGCCCGUAAGGUUGAAGAUGGGCGAUAUGAUUUAUUUCUCAGAUUCCUUGUUGGUCUUUCUUCAAAAAGACAUCAGCCACUGGAAAAGUAUUUGGGACCAUUUCCUAUUGAAGUAACCUACCAAGUGAAUGAUUGGAUACAAAUGGAAGUUCAAAAACGGAUUGCAAAGACUGAGAGCAAAGCCAGUAAAGCUAGUCUCCUGAACAUGUUCCACUACCUGUUUGAGUGUCAGUAUAAACCACUGGUUGAGUCGACAGUGGGAUCGGUGAAAACACUUAAAUUUAAUGGAUUGCAAAUGAACCCAAUUGACUGUGCUGUUCUGUCUAAUGUUAUUGGGCUCUGUGACACCAUGAAUGACAUUGACCUGCAGAAUUGCUCCAUUCAGUGUGAUGGGCUGCGGUGGCUGGAAUCUGGACUGCACAAAUGCAGAGUGUUGAGAUUAUGGAAUAACAAACUGGGUGAUUCGGGAGUGGAACUGCUGUCUGUUGCUCUGAGGGAACCUACAUGUAAAAUAGAAGAACUGCAACUGGGUGCGAACAAUCUCACAGCUUCUUGUACUGCGGAUCUUGCUUCUGCUCUGAGUGAAAAUCAAUCGUUAUUGGAAUUGGACUUGACUGAGAACAAACUGGGUGAUUCUGGAAUUAAAAAUCUGUGUGUGGUUUUGAGGAAUCCGGCCUGCAAAAUAAAGAAGCUGAGGAUGAAAGCUAAUGGUCUUACAGCUGCUUGUAUCGAGGAUCUUUCCUCUGCUCUCAGCAUAAACCAGUCACUGACAACUCUGUCUCUGGGAAGUAAUCCGUUAGGUGAUGCAGGAGUGCAACAACUGCCCAAGGGGCUGUGUAGAAUGGAGGAAUUGGAGUUGGAUGAUACCAGUCUCUCAGCUUGUUGCACUGAGGAUCUUGCUUCCGCUGUUAGUACGUACCAGUCGCUCAGAGCACUGAACCUGAGUAAAAAUGACCUGGGGGAUUCAGGAAUUAAAAUAGUAUCUGCAGCUCUGAGGACAUCUAACCAACAACUGGAAGAACUGCGACUUUGGGAAGUUGGGCUCACAGCUUCUUGUGCCGGAGAUGUCGCCUCUGUGAUCAGUAUAAGCAGCUCGCUGAUGGUUCUGGACCUGGGUGGUAAUAAACUGGGAGAUCGGGGCAUGAAAAUAUUAUGUGAGGCAAUGGAGACGAACCAGUACCCUCAAUUAAAAAAGCUGCGAUUCUGGAAGAAUGAACUCACUGAUUCAUGUGUGAGUGAUCUUUACUCUGCUCUCCGUGCAGUCCGGUCAGUGUGGAUGCUCAACCUGACAUCUAACAACUUUACAGACCAAUCUGUUCAGACAUUCCACAAACUCGUACAAGACUGCAGCAAUUUGAGGAAGCUUGAGCUGGAUGACAAUAAAUUCAGUUCCGAGGAGAAGAAGAAUCUGCUGUCACUGCGAGGAUACAAAAAGGGAAUGGAGGUGAUUGUGUGAAUGAUUUAAUUUCCACACAUCAGAUUCUUUUGAUCAAGAUUUGGAUUGCUCUUUGUCCUGUAGAUUUUGAGGAUGGUGUACGGGAUCACUUGGGCAUGAUACAUCCUUUUUUUCUGAAACCUAUUGCAGCCAUUUAUUUAAAGCACAAAAUGCAAAUUUUCAAGCAAAUCUCAAUGAUGAACAUGAAUUGCAUCGUGUGAAAAAAAUGUCUCUUUAACUGCAUGCCUGAUAGGUAUGCACAAAAACGAAGACAUAAAUGUUCGAUGAGAUAUUGAAAACUGCACAGCAGAAUUAACAAGAACAUAGAUUGAAUCUGGGUAAAUGUUUCUGGUUGUGUUAGUUGUGAUUUUGUAAUUGAAUUGUUUUUAGGUACUGGCGGACCUGUCAUGUUUAUUUUCUAGUUCUGAAGCAUGGUUUUGACUUUGGAAUUGGCAUUUCAGAAGCUUCAAGCGAGGAGGCAGAGGAGCAGCGGGCCUUUUAAGAGGACUGUUUGGUUAGCUGAGAGGUACAGCAGCUAAUGUGGUGAAGGUAUAGCAAAAUGGCCUUGUUAGGGGAAAUUCUAGGUUGACGCCAGCUGCUGUGUUGAAGCAUGGUGUAACCAAAACAUGGUUGUAAGCAGGGCAGAGCUAGCAGCACAAUAUUCCAGGGUAUUGAUGCUACAGGUGUGAUGGAGAUGCAGGCAAAAGAGAAGGUUUUGUUGCCUUUUUGAUCAGGGAGGAUAUGACUAUAAUUCUCAGAGGAUGUUCUUGAGAUCCUCCAGUGAUAUGAGUAGAACAGGCACAGGAGCGGUAUGAUUACACUGGUGUCAAUAUUUCAGUCCUCUCAAUAAUCAGCACAAAUUGGAGGAGCAGAUAUGUAUUGAGAUUGCAGAUAGCUGUAAAAGUAAUAGGAUACUAUUUGUAGAUUUCAACUUCACAUUGCCUGAAUUGUCCAUAAUGUAAAUGGCUUGGAUGGGGAAAAAUUUGUUAAAUGUGUCCAAGAAAGCUUCCUGAAUCAUUAUAUAGAGAGCAGGCAGCACUGUACCGCCCCUGAGGGAACAUGGUGGGGCAAGUGACUGAAGUGUCAAUCAGGGGCACUUUGGGAUCAGUGACCAUACUUCUAUUAGUUUUAAAGUAGUUACGGAGAAGAAUAGGAUUGGCCCACUAAUGAAGAUCCAAAAUUGGAGUAAGAAUGAUUUUGGAGAUAUUGGGCCAAAACCUGAAGUCGAUUGGGAGAGUAUGUCUUUCGGUAAGGGGGUGGCUAGCAAAUUAGAGGCUUUUAUAGGUGAGAAAGGAAAAGUACAGCGACACAAUAUUCCUGUUGGGGUGAAGGGCUGUUAGAGGAAGUUGCAAAGGCCGUCGGUUAUGACAUUUUAAAGACAUUCUGAUGGAUGUAAGAAUAGUGAGAGUUUAGAGGCCUGUUGACCAAAUGCACAUAAAUGGGUCUAGUCUAAUGUGCUUAUUUGGCCAGAAUGGACAACAUGGCUGUGGGGGCCUGUUUCUGUUCUGUCCGGCUCUGACUGUGUUCCACUAUAAUGAUCAGGCAAGAACUGCAAGCAUAUGCAAACUAGCUGUAAAAAUGUCUGCUUUCAAUUGCUGCACUGUUUAUCAGACUAAUAGUCUUCACUGAGCAACACUAAAGUUUUACAUCAUCAAUGUGUGUUUCAAUAAAUUGGAGCAUUGAAAUAUGCUCUUCUGCCAAAGUAGUACAUGCUGACCAAGAUAUCUACCCAAACUUGUCCCAUUUGCCUAUUUGGUUCUAACCCUUUAUUAUCUAAAUAUAUUUAACAUGUAAAUUGCAUCUGCUUCUUCAGCUUCCUCUUGCAGCUUCUUCCAUAGAAACAAAGAAAAGUAGAAAAUAGGUGCGUGAGUAGGCCAUUUGGCCCUUUGAGCCAAUAUGAUCAUGGCUGAUCAUCCAAAAUCAGUACCCUGUUCUGGCUUUAUCCCCACAUCCCUUGAUUCCCUUAGCCCUCCGAGCUAAAUCUAACUCUCUCUUGAAAACAUCAGUGAAUUGGCCUCCACUGCCUUUUGUGGCAGAGAAUUCCACAGAUUCACAACUAGGUGAAAAAGUUUUUCCUCAUCUCAGUCCAAAAUGGCCUACCCCAUAUUCUUAAAUUGUGACCCCUGGUUCUGGCCUCCCCCUUAUUCUUAAAUUGUGACCCCUGGUUCUGGCCUCCCCCAUCAUCCAGAACAUUUUACCUGCAUCUAACCUGUCCAAUCUUUUAAGAAUUUUAUGUUUCUAUAAGAUAGCCUCUCAUCCUUCUAAAUUCCAGUGGAUACCAGCCCAGUCGAUCCAUUCUUUCAUCAUACGUCAGUCCCGCCAGUGAUUCUUCCAGAUGGCCACUAACCUCAUAGUGUGGAAAAGGUUACCCUUCAGGCCUCUUCACAUGUUUCCUCUUGCCUUGCAUCUAUGACCUCUAGCUUUAGAAUUAUGCCUUGGGAGAAAGCCAGUCACAAUUUACCUUAUCAAUGUUCUUCGUUAUUUUGUAUACUUCUAAUGUCAUCCAUCAAAUUCCCAUGGUCCAGGAAAAAAAGUCCAAACCCAUCUAGCCUCUACUUUGAAGCUAACCACUCUGGUCCCAGUAACAUCCUUAUGAAUCAUUUUAGCAUUUCAGCUUAAUGACAUCCUUCCAAGAUGUAGAUGACGAUAGUAGGCACACACUCUGGUUCCACCAAUAACUUGUACAUGAAAUCCCAACACUUCUACUCGGUAUCCAGAUAGUUGAAUGCAAGUGUGUCAAACACCACCUUCAAUUUGUUGAUCUGGGUUUCAAUUUUCAUGGAAUUAUGUGGCUGUAUGCCGUGGUCCUGCAGUUGUACAGCACACUCGGUCUCUGCCAUAUACCGUGUGUGCCCUGCCAUGCUUUGCUUUGCCAAUGUAAUAUCUCGCAUUGAUCUGCAUUGAACUCCAUUUGUUAUAUCUUGGCCUGGUGAUCCAUUUGAUCUAGAACCCAUUGUUAUCUUGGGUAACUUUCUUCACUGAAUGUUAAACCAUUAACCUUUGCCUGAAAACUUCUUAAUGUCAAUCCCAAUCUCGUCCAAAUCAUUAACAUGAAUAAAGAACAGUGAAACCAGCACUAAUCCUUGAGGCAUAAUAUUUAUCAAGUCUUCAACAGGUAUAAUAGCCCAUCACUGCCGUACUCUGACCACUUCCACCAAGCCAGUUGUCAUGUAGUGCCUAGCCCACCUUGGAUCCCAUGCAAUCUAACAUUCCAGAUCACGUUCAUUGGUUGUAAAUCGUGCCAUAUCCAAUUCACUUUAAGGGAAAUGUAAAAACAGGGAACUGCAGAUGCAGAUUAAUAAGCAUGCAAAGUACUGGAGUACUUCAGCAGGUCAGGCAUCUCCUCUGAAGAACAUGGAUAGGUGACAUUUCGGGUGGAGACCCUUCAAACUACUUAAUGGUGUUAUAACUGUUGAAGUUGUAUUUUAAAUGGUGAACAAUGGAUGAAGUAGAAAAGUUGCAGUACAACAUGUAAUUUCCUAUCAUUAUCCAGAACAAUGCAUUUUCUGCUUUUUAGUGUAAUUUUGUAAUAGUUGUAAAACAUUAGUGUUUUUAAUUAGUUCCAAUAAAUAUAUUUUGUACAGAA